AAGGUUUGCAAUGAAAAAAAAAUUAGUUCUGUUAAACAUUUAAACAUUAUUUGGUAUUCAUUUAUGCUACCGAUAGUAAUGUCGUUACUAUGAAUAUUAAUUGGAAUUCAACUUGUAUCCUAAAAUCAUCAUUUAAAUUAGAGUAAAUGAAUUAUUUAUACACAACCAUUUGCCCACUCAAUGCAAUCACAAUCACAACCUUGUUAAGAGUAAUUAAUAUUUUUCUAAUACAGUAUUUAACAAAUGCUCGUAAACAGUGCUUUAAUUUGGAAUAUGAAUUAGAUUAUUGUUCUAGAAAGCAUAAAGUUCAUAUCCCAACGAGUCAGUUGUCUGGCUAUAGCUUUGGUUAUGGUUCACUAAAUGAUACAGAAUAUAUGUGCCGUACUCGAUGGCACAUAUUAGUAUUUCAAUGUAUGAGGAAAAGAGCUGAGGAAUCAUGUAAUCAUUCCGAUGAAGAGAAAUUUCGACAAAUCAUAUGGUCCAUUUCUUUAGAUACAAGAAAAUUUGAGAAAGCUGCCGCGUAUAUAUGUCAUCAACAUAAUCUGAGAAUUUUACGUGAACAUCAGUACAGAUGUUUAAAACAACAAGAAAAACUAGCUGAACAAUGUACAGUGAAUAGAAAUGAGACAAUUAAAGAAGUUGUCCUGGCAUUGCAUAAUCAAUCCAGUCGAUUAUUAUCUAGUCCUAAUGAAUAUUAUUCAAUAAUUAAGCAUACACUAACAUCAUACGAGUGCAAAUCUCUACGAACAAAAUUGGAUUGUUUAUAUAAUAUAUUGUAUAACGUAUGUCCAUCAAAUGCGGUGCGGCUAAUAAUGAAUUAUUUCAAAGAAACUUUACCUGAUGGUUGUACAUUUAAUUAUGAAACACGUUUAUCGAAACAUUUAGAAUCAGUACAAAUGAAUCAGUUAAUUAAUAACGAUGAAAAUAUGGAUGAAAGAAAUAAUAAUAAUAAUAAUAAUAAUAUGAAACGAACAUUUUCACAUAAUUUACAUGACGUUCAAGCAAGUCCUAGAAAAUCUGUAAAGAAUUAUGCUAAUUUGAUAAAUUACAACUUUCUCACUAUACUACUUACGAGACUUAUCUUUAAUUUAAUAUGCAAUAAUCCAUGAAAAUCUCUUCCUUAUUAGCUUUUUUUUGUAUCUGCCAUGAUAUGAUGAUAUGUGCAUAUACUGUCUGUCAAUGAACGAACUUGUCAUGAUAAAAAUUAUUCUUUCUGUAAAUAACUAUUUAUUCAAUGCUGACCGAUAAACAAGACAAGAGCUGCGAAAUAUAUUUUUUAUUCUGUUCCAUAUUACUUAGUAUUUAUGUGUCUGUGGUAAAUGAAUCCUCUCCAUUUUUAUUUAUCAAUGAGAUUAAUGUACAGAUUUAUUUUUAUUUUCUGAAAAAAACAUCCUUUGAAUCUAGCAGAUAAUACAAUUUAAACAUAUA